GAUCUGUGGAAAUGUUGAGGGCUGCGCUCCGGUGGAGACGCGCUGGUGGUCUCUGUCAAAAUAAAGUCCCCGCUCACUUCCUCCCACUAAUGUCUCUGUCUCUGUCCACUGAAUGAGCUCCUCUGUCCUCUGCUGCUGCUUUUAUGGCAGGUCUCACAUGGAUCCUCUCUUUGCUUUGUGUUUCAGGAGGUCACCUGUCUUCAGCCUCACCUGUUCUCCGCUCUGCCCUGGUGGUCCAGGCCGGGCAGAGCGUCUCGCUCACCUGUAACCUGACAUCCAGCGGGGACGUCACCUGGUACCACCUGCGCUCAGACCAGCCGCUGCCUCUGCUGACGGUGAGGUCAGCCAGAGUUGGAGGGGAGACGGUGAACUUUCACGCCGCAGACACCCGCCGGAUCAGCAGUCGGGGGGCUCUGGAGAACAGCUCGCUGGCUCUGGAGGUCCUGGAGGUGGAGGAGAGGGACGCCGGACUGUAUUUCUGCACUGGACGGUGUGCAGGAGAUGUUUGUGUCAACAGAGGAGUUCGUCUGGCUGUGAAUGGUGUCGACGGGCAGCCGGCCAGGCAGCCAUGCUGGGUUCCGGGGAUCUGUGUUCUUCUGGCGUUGCUCGUCCUCUGUGUCGUCACCGUGGUCGGGUUCUGCCUCUGCUCAGGUAAACCAGCUGUUUGCUGCUGUGGUUCAAUGAGAAGCAGCAGGAGUCUGAAGGGGUCAGAGGACGAGUCUUUGCAAUACUCCAGUUUGAGGCUCGCAGCCAAGCCCCGCCCCUCAGGCCGAGGAGGGACGGGAUUGGCCGAGGAGGAUGUCACGUACUCGACGGUGUCCAGCGGCAACAACCCCAGCGGAUCACGUGACCUCAGAUAGAAGGAUUCUUUGUUUCAUGUCUUUAACAGAUGAAAAACACGAGUGUUUUCAGUUUCGACUCUUCAGUGACGAGUUUUUUUCUUGCCGGUUUCUGUUCAUGAUGAAGCUCGCUGACUCUUUCAGACACCUUUUCUGACAGAAAUGAAUCUUUAAAAGCUGAAAUUCUGAACGUGCUGAAGGAAACGAUCUCUAUGAAUGUAUUUCUUUCUUCUUUCAUGUUAAAAUGACUUCAAGUUUUAAUCUUUUGCUUCUUUACGAUCAUGAACUCACGAAUCCAGACGAAUGUUAAGCUGUUUCUGCUGCACACAAUGAUGUUUGAAUAUGUAGCAUCCGCUCUUUAGCUUCUCUCUCGCCUCACGUGUUUCCGUCAGCAACAAAUGUUUAAUGAAUAUUUUCUGAUUUAACAACAAAACUCUUGUCAUGUGGAAUUUCUACAACCAAUCGUUUGUAAAAUGCUCGUUAUGUACAAACACGUCAUAAAUAGAAAAAUUCUACUAAAUGUAAUAAAAUAAAGUUUAUCUU